UGCUCACGAGACAUGUCAACAAAAACUGACGAACAAUUCCUGACAGCGCUGCUGUCAAUCUGAAUAAUAACGAGCUGAAUUUUACUAUUGACCAUUAUAUCUUCAUUUCACGAGCAUCCAAUGAGGGACUGAUAUCUCACAAUGACAGAGAGCGCACUUUCGGGUGUAAAUGUUGUGCUUGUUAUGGCCUACAGCAGCCUGGUGUUUGUGCUGCUGUUCAUCUUUGUGAAACGGCAGAUUAUGCGCUUCGCUAUGAAGUCUCGCAGAGGACCGCACGUGCCACUGGGUCACAACGCCCCCAAGGAUCUGAAAGAAGAAAUUGACUCCCAUUUGUCAAAAGUGAAUGAUAUUCGCUAUGAGCCACAUCUGCUCUCUCACGAUGAUGAUCGACUAAAUCAUCAGAGCCAGAAUGGCUGUUAUAAUUAUCUCUUCAGAAUGCAAGCAUUAGAUGCCACCAGAGACUCCGAUAUCCCAUUUCACGUGAUGUGUCGCAGUGCCAGUGCUCUGACCGGACGCCGCUACAGGAACUGGCUUCUGGAUCUGCCCAACUCUCACUCUCCAUACAAUACAAGCCAUAGUGCACUCAUAGAUCGCUUGCUGGAGGGCAAUGACAACGCUCGCCAUGGAACUGGGGUGUUUGGUGAGGCAGAGUUUGUAAAGUAUAAAGAAGACCUGGCUGAACUGGCUGCUGUUGUAAAGACCCACUCCAGCAGCACCAGUCUAAACCAGCAGCACCAGUUGGCGGCUAAAGAUCUGACCAGCUCCCCUGGCCCCUCAUCUGCUUCUACCAUUCAGGUCACAUACCUGCCCUCCACCAGCCAGCGCAGCAAGAAGCCCAAACAUUUCCUGGAGCUCAAAAACUUUAAAGACAAUUACAACACUCUGGAGAGCACACUUUAAGGGACUACACCUUUUGUUUAACUACCGCGUAAAUGUAAUGCAUAGACUGUGAAUCAAAAGUUCCUUCAUGUAGAAUUUAACACAGGUGGGAGAUGCAUUGGCUGAGCUAUAAUGCUUUUGACAGAGACUGUGCUUUUAAAGGUUUACAGUAAACCAGGGUGUAACGAGUCCACUCCAAAGCACAGAGUGGAGCUGAGGAUGACUGAAAUUAUGAAAAGUCCCACUGCUUUGAGGAGAGCAAUGUGUUUCAUUUGUAGUAUUAAUGUGUUCCUUGCACAGAUGUCAUAAGAAUCCUUUUUUGUUUUGUUUAUGUUAGAGGGACAAUCCACCCAAAAUUGAAAAAUCUGUCACAAUAUACUUACCCUAAUGUUGUUCCAAAUCUGUAUGACUUUCUGCCAUGGAAUACAAUAAGAGAUGUUAGGCAGAAUGCUAGUCCAGUUACUCUUCACUUAUAUCGCAUCUCUUUUUUUUAUUAUUAUUUUUAUAUACAAUAAAAGCCAAUAGUAUGAAAGCCCAUUUCUGCCACAUAAAACAAUUGCUAUGUCAAAUUAUGAGAAUCAAAGUCAAAAUUAUUAGAUGCAAAGUCUUAAGUUUGAACUUAAAAGAUAAAAAUAUUAAGAUAAAAAGUCCAACUUUUUAGAUAUAAUUUUGACUUAUCUCAUAAUUAUGACUUACUAUCUCAUAAAUGUGACUUAGCAUCUCAUAAUAAUGAUUUUUAUAUCUCCUAAUUAUGAAUUUUAAACCUCAUAAUUGUGACUUUGUAUCUCAUAAUUUGUAUUUAUCAAAGCUCGAUUUUGUUUUUCUGUAGCAGAAAUCGGCUUCCAUAGAAUGGCGAUUGAGGCUUACAUCAGUCAUAGCCAUAGAUUACCAGCAGUCCUUUAUCAGAAUGGCCUUUUAAUAUGAAUUGGAAUAGGAAAUUUCAUAUCCUUUUAGUCCAAAGAGCAACAAGAAAGCAGUCCCUUUAACUUAGAUGAAAUAACAUUUCUGGCUGGAAUAACUUAAUUCUUCUGAUACAAACACUGGAAUUAUAAAUGACUGUAUUGACAUGUACUGUUACAGCAGAACAUACUGAUGGUACUUCAACUUGAGGUUUCUUUACAUGCCGGUUGAGGCUCUGGGCCACUUCCCUGAGAAGAGUUGUGCAGCCCAUACGUAAUCAGGCGAGAAUAUUUGUUUGCUGUUGCUUGUCCACAUUUCCUUUAAGUGCAAUUUGAAUCUUGUAUUAGUUCAUGUAUGUGUAUAUAGGAGGAAUGCAAUUUGAGUCAGGAUUGUUGUGAUUGUACUAUAGCUUGAUGAGCUAGUAGAGGCUGUAUGCACUGACUUUAACUGUAUUAUAAAGUGUCUUUGUCUCUCAGACUGAUCAACUGCCCUGCCAUGUCUGUAGGAAUUGCCACUAAUAGAAUACCACUGGUUAGAUAUCUGAAUCAAAUUAUUCUUCCUUUUCAUCAAUGUUGGUGGCCACUGACUUGUUUCUUCAAUUCCACACACAAUAAAUGUAAGUGUAGGGAUCA